UUGUAUGGAAACCAAUUUGACAAUAAAUUUCAUAUAUUAAAAAAAAAAAAAAAAGUGGGGUGCCUGAGUGGCUCAGUCAGUUGAGCGUCUGACUUCAGCUCAGGUCGUGAUCUCACGGUUCAUGAGUUUGAGUCCCAUGUCGGCCUCUGUGCUGACAGCUCAGAGCCUGGAUCCUGCUUUUGAUUCUGUGUCUCCCUCUCUCUCUGCCCCUCCUAUGCUCAUGCUCUGCCUCAAAAAUAAAUAAACAUGAAAAAAAAUUUUUUUAAAGAGAAUACUUAAAAAGUAAAUAAAAUUUAAAAACAUUAACAACAAAUUUCUGCUAUCUUAUAUAUUUGGAAAGUGCAAACUAAAUAAGGGUAAAUAAAUGAACAUUUAUUAUGGGCAUUUUAUAAAUGAGUAAAUUAUGUAUAUCUUCCCAAGAUUGCUGUUAAGAUUUAAUUGACUAUAAAAAUAGGUAAAGUGCCUGGUCCAUAAGUUUUGGGACACACACAUAUACACAUACAUACUGUUAAUGGUAACUGUAAUUCUUAUCCUCUAGGUUUUUGUGUUUUUGUUUUUUUUAUUACGUGAGAUUUCCUCAGGAUUAUCUUUCAACUUAAAACUAAGUUUCCCCUUACUUUUGUUUUAUUUUUAAAAUAUUUAUUUAUUUUUGAGAGAGAGUGCACGUGCACACAUGCUAAUGGUGCAGAGCUCCACGUGGGGCUUGAACUCAUGAACCACAAGAUCAUGACCUGAGCUGAAGUCAGAUGUUUGACUGAGCCACCCAAGCUUCCCGUUCUUUGGCAUGGAUAAAUGUUCAGUGAGAGGAUUAGACUUGGCUGAACAGACUCCUGUUUUAUUAAAGAGUAAAGCCAUGGCAGCUAGCCUCAUGGAUGUUGGAAAUUCAUUUGGUGGCCCAACUAGUUCUUUAGUCAAUAGAUCUAGAAACUCAUCAGUGGAAGAUGAUGAUGAUGAUGAUGAUGAUGAUGAUGAUGAUGAUGUUGUAUUUAUUGAAUCUAUACAACCUCCUUCAACUUCUGCUCCAGCAGUAACUGAUCAAAGAAAUUUUAUAUUUGCUUCAUCAAGAAAUGAAAGUCUACAAGGAAAUUAUUCCAUAAUUCUUCCUUCCUCAAGAGAUUCAGCUUCUCAGAAGGGAAAUAUAAGUGAGACGAUUAUUAUCGAUGAUGAAGAGGACAUAGAAACAAAUGGAGAAGACAAGAAAAAUUCUUCCAAUUAUAUUGAAUGGGGACUUCCUGGAACUAAAAAUAGAACCAAAGAUUUGAAUUUCUCCACUUCCAGUCUUUCAAGAAGUAAGACCAAGACUGCAGUAGGACCUUUUAAUCCUGGUAGAAUGAAUGUGGCAGGAGGUGAAUUUCAGAAUGGAGGAUUUACAACUCAUCAUAGUCCUGAUUCUUGGAUCUCCCAGUCAGCAUCAUUUCCCCGUAAUCAGAAACAGCCAGGGGUGGAUUCUUUAUCACCAGUGGCCUCCCUUCCUAAGCAGAUUUUCCAGUCUUCAGUCCAACAGCAACUUACUAAACCAGCUAAAAUCACUUGUGCACACUGCAAAAAACCUUUACAGAAGGGACAGACAGCUUAUCAACGAAAAGGAUCAGCUCACCUCUUUUGUUCUACCACCUGCCUUUCUUCCUUCUCUCAUAAGCGCACUCCAAAGAAACGCAAUGUAAUAUGUAAAAAAGAUGCACCUACAAAAAAAGCUACUACUGUUCAAGUUGAGUCAAAAGAAUCCUCCCAAGAAUUUUGUCGUACAUCUUUGCCUCCCUGUGAAGACAACCAGAAUCUUAGAAAAAGAGUUAAUAAAUCAAGAUGUAUAAUCUGUAGUAAACUAACAGAGAUUCGUCAUGAAGUCAGCGUUAAUAAUGUAGUACAUAAACUGUGCAGUAACCAGUGCUUUAAUAAGUACAGGUUAGCCAAUGGGCUAAUAAUGAAUUGCUGUGAACAGUGUGGAGAGUACUUGCCUAGUAAAAGUGCUGGAAACCAUGUCCUGAUGAUUGAAGGUCAGCAGACAAGAUUUUGCUGCCAAAGUUGUGUUAAUGAAUAUAAACAGAUGAUGGAAACAAAAUCAAAAAAUUUAUCAGCAUCAGAAAACAGAAAAAGGAAUGCUAUUAGAGAAGAAAAUGAAAGGAAAUUAUAUGGAUCAUUGAAUACUCUUUUAGAAAAAAAAGAGGGAAUACCAGAAAAAAAGGAAAAGACUUCAGAGCUACAGGUGUUGGCAGAAUGUAGGACAGAUGAUACAUCACUGAUCAAACAGGAUGUGAAUUUACCUUCUAUAACCAUAGCUGAUAAAUUUCAAGAGCAACUGGAAGAGAAAAAAUCAGAAGACUCCAUUAUAUCGGUUGUACUUUCUGCAGACCCAGGUACAUGGCCCCGUGUUUUAAAUAUUAAACAACGGGACAUUCUUGUUGAAAACGAUCCACCUCAAGUAAGAAAUUUUAACUUUCCAAAAGACAAUACAGGGAGGAAGUUUUCAGAAACUUAUUAUACACGAAUUCUUCCAAAUGGUGACAAAACCGCUAGAUCCUGGUUACUUUAUUCAACUUCAAAAGAUUCUGUGUUUUGUUUGUAUUGCAAACUCCUUGGAGAAGGAAAAAAUCAAUUGAAGAAUGAGAAUGGGUGCAAAGAUUGGCAGCAUUUAUCACAUAUUCUUAGCAAACACGAGGAAAGUGAAAUGCACAUUAAUAAUAGUGUUAAGUAUUCAAAAUUAAAAUCUGAUUUGAAAAAAAAUAAAACUGUGGAAGCUGCAGUACAUGGAUUACAUAAGAAUGAGAAAAAUGAUGGUGUGCUCUUGUUGUACACAUAAUAUACCUGAUGUGGUUUUGACAUAACAAGGUCAUACAUUUAUUCAGAAAAGAUCUGUAACCCUAACAGUACCAUUUGUUGUUGUGAAGCUCCUAUAACUUUCAACAGUUCAUUAGCAAUAAGUAUAAUAGCAAAUAGUAAAGAAUGUUUCUGUUUCAAAUUCUAAAGCUAAUUGGAUUCAAUAGUAAUGCAGGUUUCAAUAAAGGCAAUUGUUACUUUUUCAUUCUAUCAAUUCACACUUUUUAAAAUUGGCAUUUGAGGGCUAACAUUUGACAGGUUUGGUUAAUUUUCUGUUCUGAUUACUUUGAAAAAAGGAGAGAAAGGCUUAGAUUUAUCAGUAGUAGUUUGAACAAGAUACUAUGUGAACAUUCUCAUUAUUAUUAAAGUAAAAACAUUUAGAAACAGUUUGAGAGUAGAAUGGAAUCCGAAACUGCAGCUUUUUGCUAUUAAACCAAAUACCUGCGAUUUCUUUCUUUUGGGCAAAACAUUGUUUUAUUAUUUGGGCAAAAUGGCAUUAUUUGUUACUUCAUAUUAAGGUGAUUACUUUGCAUUUUAUUUACUUUAAUUUAAUUUAUAAAUAUUUUAGAUUUUAUUCUUGUGUGAGAAGUAUAAGAAUAAAGAGUGUAUACCUAUUUUUAUGUUAGUACAAAUAUAAGAAAUAUUAAAAAUAUAUUAAGUUAACCUUUA